AGAGGACUCCAACCACCACUUCCUGGUAUUAUAUUCUCUACUCCUGGCUGAGACCCAUGGCACCAGUUCGUUCUUCCGUUCGUCGAAAUCAACAUGACCAGAAUGCAGUCCCAGCCCGUACGGCAAUCCCAGAAACAACCAUGGCACCCGAUAUGCCAAUCAACAAUGUAUUAUUCCUCGAGCCCAUGAUGGGCACACCCUUGCAGAUAUACAUCGAGAAGGACGUGGAGGACAGAGACAUAUUGGUAGAAUUAAUAUCGAAGCAUGGCGGCGCGGUCUCACCAGGGUAUAGCGGAGUGCCUUAUAUACUCGUUGAUCCUUACAAGGAAUCCGGUCAAAAUCUCUAUCGUCAGUACGCAGGAAAGAAGGGCAAAAUAGUCCUUAGCGCACGCUGGGUCCAUGAAUGCAUCUCUGCCGGAACGCUACAGACAUUCCAUACAAAUUGGGCCAACUGUAAAGUCACCGGAGCAGAGAAAGUGAUUCCAGUGCCUUCCAUACCAGGACCUACACCUACGGUACCAUCGCAAGAUGAGCGUUCGCAGGCGGCGCAGCCACAGCCUCAACCCAUGCAGCCUCAACCUCUCCCACCGAAUAUGCCGCCGAUGCCCUCGCCAUCCAUCGAUCCUCUUGUGCACACACAACAUGCGUUUGGUUAUCAAGUAUAUGCGCAUCACCUGAAUGCUGCGCCAAGGGCUCUUCAUCCACCAACUGCUGGCCCGCCACAAUCAUGGCAGGCCCCGAACGGCAUUGCACCCCAACAGACUCAUAUGGCUCCUCCUCCGCCACCCCCUUCUAUGAUGGCUCGCCCCCCUUAUCGUGAUGAAGCAUGGGAGAGCUUUAAUCAACCUAAUAUAGUAGGGGGCCCAGGUGCGCCUGGGUUUGAUUACAGAUAUAGGGACGAUCAGACUGGUUGGGUGGGUGACGCGAAUGACUAUGCUUACGAUCCUGCCUCUUAUGAACAGGCCUAUGAACAGGCACCGCCAUACAUGCCUGACCCUGGCCCCUCUACAGCCAGUCCAUCGACAGUCCCCGUCGAUGCAACCGAUAAACCUCGCGGUCGCAAACGCACUCGUAAUCAGACAUCACCUGCUGCCGCACCUUCUACUUUGGUGCUCAAUCGCCGAAAUCCUCCGGCUCGUUCUCCUACUCCUCCCACUCGCGUUAUCAAGAGCACAUACGGCGGCAACCUCUUCACGUCCGAUGAUGUACUAUACCUCAAGAAAUAUAUAGAUUACUGUCAGGAGCAAGGACUGGUUUUAAGCUUGAGAGAGAUAUGCGAGAGAAUUGCUGUAAAGGUAUGUUUUCAACUUAGCCCUUUGAUUUGGGCGCAAAUAAUAAUGAGCAUCGCAUAUAGGCUCCUCAUCACACAUUUUACUCAUGGCGUCGCUACUGUAACAAACAUCAAAUCCGCCUAGGCGGGUACUCGAUGGACGUUGGUAACACUGACUCUCCUCAGGGUGGAGAAGAAUUAGAAGUGGAGGAGGAAAUCAGAGCGGGACCAGGACCUGGGAUCCUGGCUGCUGCACAACAACGCAUUCAACAAGAAGUUGACCGCCCUCGGAACCGUUCUCCAACGCCUCCUCGUGCACUUUUCAGAAGUACGACAGGAAAGGGUGUUGCUUUCACUGACGAAGAUGUUACUUUUCUU